CAAUCUGUUCUUUUUUCUUGGAUGCCGGGUCUCGCUUGAAAGCAUACAGGACAAAAUCUGACAAAUACAUUCUGUGGUUCCCAGCCAUUUACGGCGGUCGCUGGUCGUUCAUGUAUAAUUUUUCCACAUACACCACAUCUGGUCACCUCGAUGACGUGUGCUAUAGCGUAUGUCCAACUUCUCUUUCUUUGGGGUCCUUUUCUCGAAUAAAAAGAUUUGCCACGAAUCCAUCCGCUCUCUUGCCGCCACCGCUCAUCAGACAUCCUUUCUAGUCGUCCUUUGUUGUUGUGUUGUAGUUGUUGUUGUUGUUGCUGAUCUGAUGCCGUUUGUCCUAUUGAAUGCUUUGCCACCGAUUCUCUACAAAAACAAAAGUAAUGUCUACAAUUGUCACAGAACUGAGUUCCUGAGUGAGUGCUGUUGUUGUUGUUGUUGUUGUUGUUGUUGUUGUUGUACUGUCUCUUAGAAAUAGUCGUUGGUCGUAUUCGUUUGUUGGGUUUCGUGUAGUGGAUUUUUUGAAAUCUUUUUUUUGAACUUAGCACGUUCUACAAAAAACAAAAAAAAGAAUACAUAUAUAUAUAUACUUACAUUUUAUUGUGUGUGGCUAAAGUUAACGUGGUUGUAG